AUUGCGCGCGGAUACAGUAAUGUGGACGAGCGUGGCACUAGUGCCUUUGCAGUCAGUCCUACUAGUGGAGCUGAGCUGGGCUAGUGUUAUCCGGUAACGGAGUCCGGUGCACACAGGACGAGGAAGCUUUUAAUCAAAAAACAUUUAAUCAAAAUCGCCGCUGGUCCAAUCGGAGGAGCUUGUUUUCUUAAUCAGAUCAGCUAGUUUCUCAACCACCAUCUUUGGGACGAAUAAGUCCCAGCCUCUCUCUCUCUCACACACACUCUCCUCUCACAGUUGCAGAAAAUUGCUCCGCAGCCCCGUGCUGCACCUUAAUGAACCCAAUUGGUGCACUGUGAGCGACCAUCAUAAAUCUGGAGGAUUUUCAGCAUCUUCGGGGUUGCUUAUGAAUUUGCUUAGGCAGAUCCUUUUAAGGAGUUGAGAACAUAGACGGGUUGGAGAAAUUGCGAAAAUGGCACAAAACGUGGUUCUAUUUUUAUUGUGGCUUUCGGGCAGAUCACUCGCGGGAUUUCCCAAUCAGAUUAAUAUAGGUGGUCUGUUCAUGCGGUCCACUGUGCAGGAGCACAGUGCGUUUAGGUUCGCUGUUCAGCUUUACAACACCAACCAAAACACUACGGAGAAACCCUUCCAUCUCAACUACAAUGUAGACAACCUCGAGUCGUCUAACAGCUUCUCAGUCACCCAUGCAUUCUGCUCUCAGUUCUCCCGAGGGGUCUAUGCCAUCUUCGGCUUCUACGAUAAAAAGUCCAUGAACACCCUGACGUCAUUCUGUGGUGCCCUGCACACCUCCUUCGUCACGCCCAGUUACCCCACCGACAACGAGGUGCAGUUUGUCAUCCAGAUGAGACCUGCACUGCGUGGGGCCGUCCUCAGCCUGCUGUCACACUACAAGUGGCAGAAGUUUGUUUACCUCUACGACACCGACAGAGGUUUCUCUAUCCUUCAGGCCAUCAUGGAGUCGGCCGUAACCAACAGCUGGCAGGUGACGGCUCGGUCUGUGGGGAGCAUCACAGAUGCAGCAGAGUUCAAACGGAUCAUCGAGGAGAUGGACAGGAGGCAGGAGAAACGCUACGUCAUUGACUGUGAGGUGGACAGGAUCAACACUAUCCUAGAACAGGUGGUCUCUCUGGGGAAGAACACCCGUGGAUACCACUACAUCCUGUCUAACCUGGGUUUCUCCAAUGUGAGCUUGGACAAGGUCUUCCUAGGCGGGGCCAACAUAUCAGGCUUCCAGAUAGUGAGCCCUGAGAACCCCAUCGUUCAGCAGUUCCUACAGCGCUGGGAGAGACUGGAUGAAAGGGAAUUCCCAGAGGCCAAGAACACCCCGCUCAAGUACACGUCAGCUCUGACCCACGAUGCCAUCCUGGUGAUCGCUGAGGCGUUCCGGUACCUGCGGCGCCAACGCGUAGACGUGUCACGGCGAGGGGGAGCAGGAGACUGUCUGGCCAACCCUGCCGUGCCAUGGAGCCAGGGCAUCGACAUCGAGAGAGCACUCAAAAUGGUCCAGGUUCAGGGGAUGACGGGGAACAUCCAGUUUGACAGCUAUGGCCGGAGGUCCAACUACACUAUAGACGUCUAUGAGAUGAGAACAGGGGGACCCAAAAAGGUGCAGGCUCUCACAUCCAUCUACAGCGCUCUCUAUAACUCCCACAUCCAUCUACAGCGCUCUCCAUAUAUCUCCCACCUGUACAUCAACCAGUAUAUCCACUACCUGUACACCAACCAGUAUAUCUCCCACCUGUACACCAACCAGUAUAUCUCCCAUCUGUACACCAACCAGUAUAUCUUCCACCUGUACACCAACCAGUAUAUCCACUACCUGUACACCAACCAGUAUAUCCACUACCUGUACACCAACCAGUAUGCUGGUUAUGGUACGACUGUCUUGGAAGCCCCUUAUGUGAUGUACAAGAAACACCAGAUGAAUCUGGAGGGGAAUGACAGAUAUGAAGGCUACUGUGUCGAUUUAGCUGCCGAAAUUGCAAAACAUGUGGGGAUAAGAUACAAACUGUCAGUAGUAGCAGACGGGAAGUACGGUGCGCGGGAUCCAGACACCAAGACGUGGAACGGGAUGGUGGGGGAACUGGUCUAUGGGAGAGCAGAUAUAGCUGUGGCACCUCUCACCAUAACACUGGUCCGUGAGGAGGUGAUCGACUUCUCCAAGCCUUUCAUGUCUCUGGGCAUCUCCAUCAUGAUCAAGAAGCCGCAGAAGUCUAAACCUGGUGUCUUCUCCUUCCUGGACCCGCUGGCCUAUGAGAUAUGGAUGUGUAUCGUGUUCGCCUACAUCGGUGUGAGUGUGGUCCUGUUCCUGGUCAGCCGCUUCAGCCCCUAUGAGUGGAACCUGGAUGAACAGGAUGAGACCAAAGACCCCCAGACACCUCCAGAUCCUCCCAACGACUUUGGCAUCUUCAACUCUCUGUGGUUCUCUCUGGGAGCCUUCAUGCAGCAAGGAUGUGAGAUAUCACCCAGGUCCCUAUCAGGGAGAAUAGUAGGAGGCGUGUGGUGGUUUUUCACUCUCAUCAUCAUCUCGUCCUAUACGGCCAACUUGGCUGCUUUCCUCACAGUGGAGAGGAUGGUGUCCCCCAUAGAAAGUGCUGAAGACCUGGCUAAACAGACUGAGAUCGCCUACGGAACUCUGGAUGCCGGUUCCACCAAGGAGUUCUUUAGGCGAUCCAAAAUAGCAGUCUAUGAGAAAAUGUGGUCAUACAUGAAAUCGGCCGAACCGUCAGUGUUUGUCAAGACCACGCCAGACGGGGUGGCCCGGGUACGAAAGUCCAAGGGCAAGUUUGCUUUCCUCCUGGAGUCCACCAUGAACGAGUACAUAGAGCAGAGGAAACCCUGUGACACCAUGAAAGUGGGCGGAAACCUCGACUCUAAAGGAUACGGUGUGGCCACGCCCAAAGGCUCAGCAUUAAGAAAUGCUGUUAACCUGGCAGUGUUAAAACUGAAUGAGCAAGGCCUGUUGGACAAAUUGAAAAACAAAUGGUGGUACGACAAGGGAGAGUGCGGCAGCGGGGGAGGUGACUCCAAGGACAAGACAAGUGCUCUCAGCCUGAGCAAUGUGGCUGGAGUCUUCUAUAUUCUGGUUGGAGGGCUGGGGCUGGCCAUGAUGGUGGCUCUGAUUGAGUUCUGUUACAAAUCGCGUGCAGAGACCAAACGGCUCAAACUAGCAAAGAAUGCUGAGAAAUUGAAGCCAGCUCCCCCGACCAACCCCCAGAACUUUGCCACGUACAGAGAAGGCUACAACGUGUAUGGGACAGAGAGCGUUAAGAUCUAAGGGUAUCAUACACGUCAGCUAGACCAGGUACGGUACCCCUUACCAACGACUGUGACUACUGACCCCAUGAUGAAACAACAUAAACACGUCUGGAUGGGGGUUUCCUGAACUGCAGCUAAAUCCUCUCCUGGCGGAAAAUGGCGACGAUAAUCUGCAAUGAAGACAUGACAGGACUGGUGGCGUGAAGAACUUAAAUCGGUUUACUCCAGUGCCUUAUGUAUGAAACACUCAGAGACUCACAGAAUUACUUAGAACAAUGCAACUAAUCACAACUCACAAAACAACUAAACAACUAAACAGACAAGUAAACAGAAAGACAGGAUUGUUUUAUGUACAUUUAUUUGAGAUGCUUUAACGAACUAAGAAGACAAAAGAGAGAGAGAGAUACCUAAAGCCAUCACUUGCACCCCAAGCACAUUUCCAAGUGCCCGUAUAGAAAAUGAAUACGAUACUACAGAUGAUAAAUAGUUUUUUUCUGCUAAGGGAAUUUGAUCAGAUUAUCCUAAUUAUUCUUGCAGGCCAGGUUUUUGCUGGUUAAAUGUGUUUUAAAAUAUGUUUAUUGUAGGCACUGUACAGUAAGUCACUUAUUAUUAGAAGAUAGCUUGUUAUAUUGCUGUGGCCUAGGAAUUGUUUUGAACGAUGAAUCAAUUGGUUAAAUAUGCGGGAGCAAAAAUGAUAUUGUAUUGUUGUUGUCCACGACUCUGAGCCCAGGCACUGGUAGUGCAUCUGAAAUGGCCCCCUAUUCCCUAUGUAGUGCACUACUUCUGACUAGAGCCUCUGGUCAAAAGUAGUGAACCAUAUACGUAAUAGGAUGUCAUUCUGGACAUACACACAGGGACUCUUGAAAGAGAUGAAUGUGAGAUGCAGCAUUUGGAUGUACACUUCUUAAAACAGACCAUCUCACAAUCCCAAUAUACUGCCAACAGUGUUAAUUAAAGAAUGCAGAGGACUGUCUGAGCAAGUUUCAUGGAUGAGUACCUCUCCCAGUGUGUUUUAUGGUGUGUAGAAUAUGAAGAGAAAACUCACUCACAUGGUGUCGCUCCAAAAUAGGCUGUUUGUAAACUGGAUGUUCAUGUAACCUAAAAAUCAUUCAAGUCUUCUGUACAAGCAACUAAAACCAAACCAGAUGGGACAUUCAAUAGUAGAUGAACUGCAAUGUAAACAGUAAUGGCUUUUACCUGUAGUUAUUAUGGAUGACCUUGGUAUUUAUUAGCGAAUAAGCUGUGGUUUGAUGAUUUGCUUUCAAUUUUAAUUUCAUUAUUAGUGUUUGGUGAAUUUACUUAGUUAAUGAAAUAAAUGAGUAAUAUAAAUAACCAUGGAUUACUACAAGGCACUAACUACAUUUCCCUUUUCUGUUCAAAAGACUGUGACUUCAUUAGGAUUUAGGAAGACAUUUAAUCACCUAAAACCGUGGAAAGAAAGUUUAACAUAAAAAAUAUCAAAAAUAAAAAAUAAAAAUCUUUAAAAGGGAAGAAAUUGGAAAUAAACAUUUCUAAAGAAAGACACGUGUACAUUUAUUUAAAUUAGAUUUAUUUAUUAAGGCUACACAAGAAAAUGACGGGUUUCCGAAUGUUUCUAAGAAAUUGCAUGUAAAAUACGUGAUUACUUAUUACACGCUCCUCUAACUUACAUCAGAUUCCACAGCAGAAACACAACUUAUUCUUUAGUGAGACAGUUUAUUUUAUUUCGUAAGUUCACUUCACACAGAGAGAAUUGCCAAGCAGCUUAGUGACUACUACAAGAAGAGUCCGAAUCUGCAUGUGUGUAUAUCAUUAGUGAGGAGCUGUAAAGAGAAUUUUCAUACAUUUUUGUAAAUAAACUUGUAUAGAAAAAAAAA